AAAUAUAGAUUUUUUCAUUACUUUUAUAACAAUUUCCAUAUUAUUAUUUUUAACAUUUGGAAACUACUACUGAAAAGUUUAUUCUUUGUGUGGCGUACAAGCUAGUUAUUAAAUUUUGUACAAGGCAGAAUCAAAAUGUGACUGAAUGCAAAAACAAAAUGGUGCUGCCCAGGAUCGAACUGGAGACCUUUUGCGUGUAAGGCAAACGUGAUAACCACUACACCGCAGCACCUGAUAUUCGCUUCCUCUCAUCUUUUGUAUUUGUAGAAUAAAAAACGAGUGAGAGUGGUGAAAACAAGACAACAAAUGUGUUGGUUUUCAUGUAUUUUAUAUUGCUAUUUGGCUUGAACGCCGUCUUCUCUGUUUGUUUUGGGCUGCAAUGUGUGUGUGGAAGACAACAAAUAUGAGGUUUUGGAGAAAGCUGGGAAAGCUUUAGUGAGAGUGCAACACUUUCCACGGUUUAAUGAAAUAGUUUCAAGGGAAUGAUACAUGUGUGUCUGUGAACUGAUACAUGUGUGUAUUUUGGCUUAACUUACAGGUGCAGGAAUAUAUUGAAGCUGCAACGUUUUAUAAGUUCUGUUUGUCCUGGAACACUCUCCACUCUCGAUGAGCUCAAUACCUUUAGAGUCUGCAGAUCAGUAUCCUCUGGGGUGUUUAGACUCCCUUGGUUUUAUGUUUUUAUCUGUUAUAAUAUCAUUAUUAUUAGUUUUACUAAGCUUUGGUUGGUUAUUGUUUGUUUACUUGCACACUUUGCAGAUUUUGACUAGAGAGCUAAUGCUGAUGGCAAUUGCCAGAAUAUCAAAUGGUGAAAUAGAAUUCGCGCAAUGGAUUUGCCAGUUUGUCCGAGAGAUUCAUAGGGGAACUCUUGCUAGUGUCGCGGUGCCACAGAUGGAAGGCAAUUACUACAUGAAAUCAAAGACGGAAGUGAUGCUUCAAAGUGUGAUCAAAACAGAGAAUAAUAUUGCACAAAUUUCAUAUAUGCAUCUAAGCAUCUUAGAAAAUGUGUGUGAUUCAGUAUAUUUUCUGCUUCAUGCUUGUUUUGUAAUUUUUUUGGUAUGUCUCAGUAGCUUGCUUUAGCGUUCACGUACGAUAAUAGUAUAUUCCGCUGCUUGGAGAAAAUAGACCAACGUCAUACAUAUUGGGAGGUGCUGAUGUCGAAGCUGCAAGAAAAAAAGUUCAUAAUGUGAACUAUAUUGGGGGGUUUUCAAGGAAUGGAAGCUACAACUCCAAAAGUGGCUAUAAAUUAGCUGAGACCCGGCAGGAGAUGCAGUUGUCUCCCUCUACAGGUCUUCCUCCGAUAGAAAAGAGACUGGAAAGACCUUUUGAAGACCAAAACGUCACCCAAGAUUAAGCACUUUAUUUGGCUGUCAAAAGCAGAUUACAGUCAAGGGGGAUUCUGUUAGAUACGAUUUGUUCAAGAUGUGUAUCAGCAGCUGAGACUAUCUGCCACGUCCUUUUCCAUUGUGAGGUUGCUAAGAAAGUGUGGACAAGAUCCAGAUUUCCCUUACCGGCUGGUGGUUUCUCUGUCAACUCUGUGUGGCUCAAUUUCUAUCAUCUUAUGUCUGUGAGCAAGAAACUUCCACAAGAGAAUGAAGCUCGUCUAUCUUUUCCUUGGAUCCUUUGGCAAAUAUUGAUAGCUCGCAACUCCUUUUGCUUUGAACAACGGAUGAUGGAUGAGGAAUUUAUCUUCUCAAAAGCUUCAGAGGAAGCAACUAUGUGGUUGAAUCUCAUACUCACUAGUGAAGAUGGUCCAUCAUCUCAGUCUGAAAAUCUUGUGGCAAGAAGUAAAUGGCAAAAGCCCCCACCUGGAGUUACUAAAUGUAAUGUAGCGUCAUCUUGGGUAGAUCCUUUGCAGAAGAGUGGAGCAGCCUGGAUUGCUCGAAGUCAUACUGGCAUACCAUUGGUACAUAGUAGGAGUGCUGUAUCGCCCGUUGGUACAACCUUUGAAGCAGGGUUGCGUGCUCUGUUAUGUUCCAGUGAGGACAUGCACAACAACUUACAUUUCAAAAAGUCCUUGCAUCAAUUUGAUCACUGUCAAGUGAUGCUAGUUUCGGAGGGGAUAAACUCGAUAGCCCUCGAGAUUGCAUCCAGUGUUAUUGCA